GUACUUGUUCGCGGACUAAAGACAAGUCUAGUUCGAACCGCCGUCGCUCGUUGUGUGUCCGUGCAUACACGCGAAAGCUGAAAGAGCUCGGUCCCUGCUACCAGUGAUUAAUUCGAUAAAGGUAGCCUUGGAAAGAUAAUUCCACCCAGUUGUGCGGCGCGUUCAGUGUGAUUCGAGUGCUGUUGAAAUGCCAAAGAAAUUUGUAGUUACAAAAUAGUGUAGUGAAUCAUAAAAAGAAACCCAACAGUGAGAGUGAGAAUUCGUACGAAAGUGAAUAAAACUAAACGGCAUUAGUGUGCCCCCGCGUGCGUGUGUGUGUUUGUGCUCGAUUGUGAUUAGUUUCUGCUGUUGGAGAGCAAAUAACAAAAAAGCGUCAGGUGUGUAGUAAUUGCUCCGAUCGUCGCAUCGAAAACAGAAGAGAAAAAGCACACACAAACACAAACAGUGAGUCAUGGGGAAGUUACUGAGCCUGCUGGCACGGGAUGAAUCAACCUGCUGCACACCGAAAACGUACGACGUGUUUCUCGACUUUGAAAAUGCGGCCCCGACCGACCUGGAGCGGGAGGUGUACGAGGAGGUCGACCAUGUCCUGCGCCAGUCCGAGAUCGUGCUGGACGAGAUUCAGUGUUACAAGGGCGCCGGUAAGGAAAUUCGGGAAGCGAUUGCGGACCCCUCCCCCGAAUGCCAGGAGAAGGCGUGGAACAUUGUGAUACCGCUGGUGGAGAAGCUGAAGCGCUGCUACGAACACUCCCUCGAGCUGGAACGGAUCGUGCCGAAGCUGCUGGGACAGCUGGUGGGCGGCCGGCUCAACCCAACGCAGCACCUGGAAACGCAGCAGGCACUGGUGAAGCAGCUGGCCGAGAUACUGGAGUUUGUGCUCAAAUUUGACGAAUACAAGAUGAAAACGCCUGCGAUACAGAACGAUUUCAGCUACUACAGACGCAUCGCCAGCCGGCAGCGGCUCGACCAGACGAACGAGAUGAUCAUCAGUACCGAGCUGGCGAACCGGAUGUCGCUGUUCUAUGCGCACGCGACCCCAAUGCUGAAGGUGCUGAGCGAAGCGACGUCCAAGUUCGUGCAGGACAAUUCCGACAACGUCGACAACACGACCGAAACGCUCGGCACGAUGGCGAAAGUUUGCCUCCGGAUGCUCGAGAAUCCCAAACUGUUGGCACAGAUCGAGCGGGAAGAAACGCACCUGCUGCUGCUGCGAGUAAUGGUCGGUCUGGUGAUACUGUACGAUCACGUCCACCCGGUCGGUGCGUUCGCGCGGGGCGCCCACGUCGACGUGAAGGGCUGCGUCCGGUUGCUGCAGGCACAGCCGGCCGUCAAGGCGGAACCGCUGCUGAACGCGCUCCGCUACACCACGAAACACCUGAACGAGGACAACACGCCGAAAAACAUUCGAAAUCUGCUCGCAGCCUAAACAAAAACAAACAAAAAAAUAGAAGAAGCACGCGCCCCGCGCAUCAAACGCACCCGAGACUGCAUCAGUGAUACCAAAAGCGCAAAGAAGGAGAGGAGGGAGAAAAGCGUGCGGUUGGCCGAAUGCACGAUUCCUCCUCCCCCUGUUACUAAUACUAUCGCUAAAGCUACUACUACUACUACUACUACUACUAUUAUCAUAACUGUACGGAUCUUUGUUUGGCACUUCAAACGAUCCAACGGAGAACCGUAAUGAAAGGCAGGCUCGUGAAAACAGGAAAAAAACAUGCACGUGUGUAGUCGCAAGUGCUUUCCAAGUGGGGGUAGCGGGGAAGCAUAUUUGUUUUCGCCCACUUCCAGUGUUUUGGGAAGCCGACGGUAUCCGCUUCUACUUAUACAGCAUACUUCUUUCUGCACACAAAAAACACACAGACAACAGCAUAUUAGCCUAGAACAAACUACUUUCAACUUUUGAGAUUAUUUUGAGGAUUAUCUGUCUCUCUUUCUUUUUAUCCUUUCCAGUCUCAUUCUAAAACUAGUGAAAUUUAAAUUAUGAAACCGAAAUCCUACUUUGCACCCCUUCUACUCAUGAAUUAGUUUUGUGUUUUAGAGUGUUUUUGAAGCGAAUCUUACGCUUUUUACUGCUGCUGGCGCUGUUUUGUUAGAUAUCGUGUAAGUUUUGUUUGUUUGUUUUUUUUUUUUUUUUUGUUUAGCACCACUGCAUCACACUACGAAGUAUAAGAUGACGCGCGAAUGCUUACUUUUCUAUGCGUUAUUAGUGUUGUAGGCUAAUUCCACGCGCACGCAUUGCGGGGGGUUCUCGGUGCGUGUGCGCGUGUUCUGUAGCGGCAGGGCAAGGAGGGAGAAUAAGCGAGCGCGCAAAAUGAGAGAAACAAAGAUUAUGUGUCUGUUUUUUUAGUUUAAUUUAAAUCGAACAAAACCGUAUGAAACUAUCUAUCCUAGGCAUUUAAGUGUAUCUUGAUAAAACUUAUAAUUAAAACGAAAGUGUGCGAAGGUGGUGGGGGGUAGCACACCCCCAUUUGCUACCGCGCACACCCUUUAUAAAUUGUAUAUGUAUGAAGAAUUGUGGGAGGGCUUGUGGGAGACGGGAAGAAUGGUAGUGUUUGAAACGGGCGGUGCAAGGCAAACAGUGACAGUUGAUGAUAGCAAACAAAUGAAGUAAAUAAGCAUGUAACGUGUGAUAAGAAAACAAAAACAAAAACCGGAAGUGAGAAAACGGCUAGUUGCGGGCGGAAAAGCGCUCACAUCAAACUUUAGUAGGCAGGGCACAGUUCUUCUACCGGGACAUUAGCUACUUCAAACGAGGACGAAGGAAGACGAGCGACAAAAGCAGUUGAGAAAAGAGAGAGAGAAAAGAGAAAGAGAGUAGGAUGCUAGAACAUUGUUUAGUUAAGGAUAGUAGAGCCCAAGGAUAGAGAAGAGAUUGUUUCAGUUCUUUUUUCCAUUGAAAAGCACCACGUACACAAGACAUAUAUACACACACACACGACCACCGCCGUUAAAACACAUUUGAACGCAAAAGUUGUUAGAAAGCACAACACUUUAUCAUUCCCCUCUCUUGUGGGGUAUGAUUUGUUUGUUUUUUUUUUAACCAAAAACACAAACGACGAGCACGCGGUAUUAAUCUCUCGUUUCUUAUCCCCUUCGCAUGCGUAUGCGCAUGCAGUGGCGGAUGCACCAACGGUAACAGCGCAAAUCUGGCAACGCGCAUCGAGCGCACACAAAACACCGGUUGUGGUUAAACAUUAGUUAAUGUUUUAACUCUAUCAUUAGUAUCGUUUGUCGUAUGGCUGGAAAAAAACUAAAUGUCGCGUUUGUUUGUUUCAUCGUUAUCAUUCACAGCAGAAACGAACGAACGAACAAAACGCAAUGAACGAAAUCACAAUAUAUCGAAAACAAAAAUGUACACCUUACCAAUACACUGCUGGCUACCACGAAUUCAGAUGUGUUCUAUACUAUUUUACAAAGCGAGAACAGCAGCAUACACAGCUGCCCCGCGUGGCAAUUGAAUCAAGCAAACAGAACAACCAACUGAAAAUACGGAAAUAUCCAAGCAGAAGAACAAAACAAUGGAAAGUGAAGAAAACUUGUUGUUAUCGCGUAAGUCUUUUGAGAAUCUAUAGAACAUAACACAAACACACAUAACUACAACAACAACACAUUAAAUAAUUUAACAAUUGUAAUAGUGAUCAUAAAACACAUCACUAAAUGUAUCAUCGGAAUAUAGUGUAACAGCGAACAUUAUUUAAACAAGCAAAACAAAAAAGGAACAAAAAACAUUCAAAAAGAAGCACAAAAUGAGGCGCAUAUUAUAAACAUUAACACGCAAAUUCGCUCUAGAACAAAGUGAAAUCCGUAAAUUACAUCGACUCCAGGCGCACGUUGAAUGUGUUUCCUUCUCUUUUUUAAGGAUCGAUUUCAUUUCCUAGCUAAUAUUGUCUUUGAUUUUUCCGUUUGUACACGUUUUAACGGCGAAACACAUUCGCUCGGGUGGCAAUUGACCAGCGAGAACGAUACCACGAGUACGAGUAAUUUAGCAAAAAAACAAGAAAAAUAUUUGAAUCGACCGGUAGCUGAUUCGAUCGCAAAUGUGUAUUAUCACCCCUAGAAGAGAUUAAAUCGUGCGUUAACGUUAGUUUAGUUCAGAUUGGUAACCUGUUGCGAAUUAUAGACAACAACAAAAAGACUAUUCGUAUGAUUGUGUAAUUUGUUAACAGGGGGUAACGGAGCAGCGAGAGAAGAACCUCCUCCCCCCGGGCUAUCAAAAAUUGCCUUUUUGUAGAGAAAAUUUUCCCUGUACGACAAACACGUUUAGCAAAUUCUCGAGUACUAAUAACGGUUAAAAACAAUCAACACAAUUGCUGCUGUCGUGCGCGCGCAUUUAUCAUCCCCCCGUCGAUAAGCAUUGUGUUAGUUAUUCGACAGUAAAAUCCUCGUUACUGGCUAACCCAAUUAAAGGAAAAUGGUUUGAUGCGUUUUCUCUAUUGUUAUCGUUACUACUGUAUCGCAAGGACUACCCUGUACGCCACCCAGGCAGGCACUCUCUCACCACCAGUGGUGGUGUGUAGCACAGUGUAUGGAGGGAGGAAAAUAAGUGCAAAACUUGACUUGAGGGCCGCCGAGCACGAUGUAAGCAACACAUCUUUCCACAUUUAGUACGGAAUAGGCGUAGAUAAACACGAUUGUGAAGAGAGGCAGUGAACAGAAUGUAAUUCACACAAUGCUAUUGUAAUCGAAAAUGGAGGAGGGCUUGGAAAGGAAAAGUCAGCGUAACCAGUAAAACACAAAGACACGAAGACGGAAGCUUAUUCAGCUAAUGCGCAAAUUGCAUCAGUGCAGCAUGAACCCAACCACACCCAACUGUGCAUCGAAAUAGUUACUAAAUACACAGGAAAGAAGACACACGAAAGCAAACACAAAUCAUCUAAGCAACAAAGAUUCCCCCCCUACUAUACACAAUAGAAUAAGAGAGAAAUGAACAAUAACUAACCCCUCCCCCAGGCAUACACACACAGUACGUGCAGAAGGACUUUUGGUGAUGAGGAUCACGGGGAAGCUUACCACUAUAGAGAGAGAGAGAGAGAGAGAUGGAUGAGUGAAAAUGUGUAUGUUGAGCGAGAAUGUGUAUGCGUGUGUGUGUGUGUUUGUGUGAGCGUGUGCUGGAACUGUGACACCCCGGACGAGGAGAAGAAAAUAAAACCAAAAAUUCCAAACAAUCUAUCCCUA